UAGAGAGUGUUCAUGACAACUGAUACAAGGACAUCCCCUUUUCUUCCAGAACCAAAACUAGAGAAAUGCUUUAUUUUCCAGCCAUUCAGCUAUUGCCGUGCAGCCGUAAGCAAGCAGGAGGAAUAGUUACUUUGAGGAAUCAGUGAAUUUUGCUUUGCAAAUAUUGAUCUGCUGGACUUGUCAACAGUUCUGCAAGCUAAGUAUUUGUUUCUUUAAAUAUCUUUUUCCUGAUUUUCCUUUUGGCAAAGACAACUACACUGUCUCAGAUUAUAUGAAGAUCUACUAAUCAACUGAAUAAAGGGUGGUUUUUUGCAUGAAUUCGAAUGUUUUGAGAAACAUUGAAACCUAAAAUACAAGUGGAAUAUUUCCCAGCAUCCUCCACAGCAUCUUCCACAACUGCCAUCCGGAGUCAAGGGUAGCAAUCUUAGAAAGUAGCUUGUGUACACUAUGAAGAACUCCUCAUUUGCACUUCAAGAUGUUAUCCACCAGCCUGGUAUCCCCUUUCACAACUCAACAAACACCACAAGUCUGCCUGAAAGGCAACCAAGAGAUGAGCAGUUGGCUCAGAUAGAGAUUGCUGUGCUAGGAGUGUUAUUUAUGGCAGCCUCUGCAGGCAAUUUCAUUCUCAUACUGGUGUUAUGGAAGAGAAGAAUGAAGCUGUCUAGGGUGUAUGUGUUCUUGCUUCAUCUAAGUGUUGCAGACUUGACGGUUGCAUUUUUUCUAGUUCUUCCUCAGCUUUUUUGGAAAAUUACAGAUGUUUUCAUGGGUCCAGAUAUCUUGUGCAGAACCAUAAGCUAUCUCCAGUUGUUGAGCAUGUUUGCCUCCACUUAUAUGAUAGUGGUUAUGGCAAUGGACAGACUCCAAGCAGUGUGUUAUCCCAUGGUACCCUUCCAAAAGAAAGGAGCUAUUUGGAACACUUCCAUCUGCACCAGCUGGUUUAUUUCUUUGAUCCUCAGCAUUCCCCAAGUAUUUAUCUUUCGGAAGAGUGAAGUAUCUCCAGGUAUCUUUGAUUGCCAAGCAGACUUCAUUGAGCCCUGGGGCACUAAGCUAUAUGUAACUUGGAUCUCUGUAGCUAUUUUCUUCCUUCCUGCGGCCAUCUUAACAAUAUGCCAUGUUAGGAUUUGCAGAGCAGUCCAAAUGAACAUGAGUUUGAAAAACUACAGUGAAUUUCAAGUAACAAACCCGAAACAGAUAUUGCCAUCUCAGCCAAGUAAUGUGAACUGUAUGACCAACGCUAUGAUCAAGACUAUAAGGAUGACAGUGGUGAUAGUUGUUGCUUACGUUGUCUGUUGGUCACCUUUCUUCAUUGCACAGCUGUGGACUGCAUGGCACCCCAGUGAUGCCAGAACUGAAGGUCCAGUAAUAGCCAUUCUUAUGCUCCUAGGGAAUCUUAAUAGCUGUGUCAACCCAUGGAUUUAUAUGUACUUUUGUGGUCAAAUACCACGCUGUUCAAAGAAAAAAAUGGACAACACCACUGCUCACGAGGAGUCCACCAAUACAGGCAGUGUUAAUUUGGGAGAGAAAGAAUCUGAAGAUAAUAUUACAUCAGUAUAACAACAAACAACUUGUAUUAUAGCUUAUAGUUUAUGCAGGCACAUAUCAAGAAAUUAUUUUUCUAGUUUGGGGAAGUGCAUGUGUAGUGGGAAAUGUGGUUUUUAGUGUAUAAUAUGCACAUUUUUUAAAGCCUGAAGCAAAUACAGAGAAGAUUUAAAAGGUCACUGAACAACAGAAGGGUCAAGCUCUAAAAGGAAAAUUUGGACAUAUAGGUCCAACAUUGACACUCAAUUUGCACAUUUCAAUCCAUGCAUUUCCAGGCUGUUCUCAAAGGUCUGCAGGCUCAGUGAGCAUACCAUAAAAGUUCUGAUGUUUUAGACAUGGUAAGUGCAUAUCUGGAACUAUCUUGUUUUC